GCGCGGGCGGCCAGGCGCCGGGGCACCAGAGGUGAAGCACGGCGAGGAUGGCGGCGCGGGGCCGGGGGGUGACGCCGCUACUGCUCGCGCUCUCGGCGCUGCUGGCGCUGGGCCCCAGCGCUGCGGCGGCCAAGCUCAACAUCCCCAAAGUGCUGCUGCCCUUCACGCGGGCCACGCGCGUGAACUUCACGCUGGAGGCCUCCGAGGGCUGCUACCGCUGGUCCUCGACCCGGCCGGAGGUGGCCAGCGUUGAGCCGCUGGGCCCGGACGAGCAGCAGUGCUCCCAGAAGGCGGUGGUGCAGGCCCGCCCGUCCCAGCCCGCCCGCCUGACGAGCAUCGUCUUCGCAGAGGACAUCACCACCGGCCAGGUCCUGCGCUGUGACGCCAUCGUCGACGUCAUCCAUGGCAUUCAGAUCGUCUCCACCACCCGCGAACUCUACCUGGAGGACUCUCCGCUGGAGCUGAAGGUCCGGGCUCUGGACGCUGAAGGGAACACCUUCAGCACUCUGGCCGGGCUGGUCUUCGACUGGACGAUCGUGAAGGACUCGGAGGCCGGCGGGUUCUCAGACUCCCACAACGCGCUGCGAAUCCUCCCGUUCUUGGAGUCUACGUACAUACCUCCUUCCUACAUCUCAGAGAUGGAGAAAGCGGCCAAGCAGGGGGACACCGUCUUGGUGUCCGGGAUGAGGACCGGGAGCUCCAAGCUCAAGGCUCGCCUCCAGGAGGCCGUCUACAAGAACGUACGCCCUGCCGAGGUCACGCUGCUGAUUUUGGAGAACAUCCUUCUGAACCCAGCUCAUGACGUCUACGUGAUGGUGGGGACCUCCCUUCGCUACAAGGUGCAGAAGAUCAGGCGAGGGAAGAUCACAGAACUGUCAAUGCCUUCCGACCAGUACGAGCUGCAGCUUCGGAACGACAUCUGGGGCCCCGAGGGAGACCCGGGCCGGCCCGUGGCUGUCUUGGCCCAGGACACGUCGACCGUCACUGCAAUGCAGCUGGGACAGAGCAACCUGGUCCUCGGCCACAGGAGUAUCCGCAUGCAGGGUGCGUCGAGGUUACCCAACAGCACCAUCUACGUGGUCGAACCCGGGUACCUGGGGUUCACAGUCCAUCCUGGUGGCAGGUGGGUACUCGAGACUGGCCGCCUGUACGAAAUUACCAUUGAAGUGCUUGACAAGUCUGGCAACAAGGUCUACCUGUCAGACAACAUCCGAAUUGAAACCGUGCUUCCUCCUGAGUUCUUUGAGGUGCUCUCUUCUUCCCAGAAUGGGUCAUACCAUCACGUCAGGACAAUAAAGAGGGGCCAAACAGCCAUCGAGGCGGCCCUCACCUCCGUGGUGGACCAGGAUGGAGGGGUCCACAUGUUACAGGUGCCUGUGUGGAACCAGCAGGAGGUGGAAAUUCACGUCCCCAUCACCCUCUAUCCCAGCAUCUUGACGUUUCCGUGGCAACCAAAGAUGGGUGCCUAUCAGUACACAAUAAAGGCCCACGGCGGGAGUGGGAACUUCAGCUGGUCUUCCUCAAGCUACAUGGUUGCCACGGUCACUGUCAAGGGCGUGAUGACCACAGGCAGUGACACUGGACUCAGUGUGAUCCAGGCUCGUGACGUGCAGAACCCGCUACAUUUUGGGGAGAUGAAGGUGUACGUGAUCGAGCCCCGCAGCAUGGAGUUUGCCCCGUGCCGGGUGGAGGCACGAGUGGGCCAGGCCUUGGAGCUGCCCCUGAGGAUCGACGGCCUCAUGCCCGGCGGGGCGGGCGAGGCGGUCACCCUGAGCGACUGCUCCCACUUCGACUUGGUGGUUGAGGUGGAGACCCAGGGUGUGUUCCAGCCGCUCCCAGGGCGGCUGCAGCCGGGCCCUGAGCACUGCAGUGGGGUCAGAGUGCGAGCUGAGGCCCAGGGGUACACGGCGCUCCUUGUGAGCUACACGCACGGCCACGUCCACCUGAGCGCCCGCAUCACCAUCGCUGCCUACCUGCCCCUCAAGCCUGUGGACCCCUCCUCUGUCGCCUUGGUUACCCUGGGCUCCUCAAAGGAGAUGCUGUUCGAAGGAGGUCCUGGACCCUGGGUCCUCGAGCCUUCCAAGUUCUUCCGGAACGUCACCUCCGAGGACAUGGACAGCAUCAGUCUGGCUCUCUUGGGGCCCCCUGCCUCCCGGAAUUACCAGCGACACGGGAUCCUUGUGACCUGCCGGGCCUUGGGCGAGCAGGUCAUCACCCUCUUGGUGGGGAACAAGCCCAGCAUCACCAACCCCUUCCCCGCGCUGGAGCCCUCCGUGGUGAAGUUCGCCUGUGCCCCGCCCUCCAGGCUCACCCUCACGCCCGUCUUCGCCAGCCCCCAGCCGGACCUGUCGUGCCCACUGCUGCAGCAGAACAAGCAGGUUCCAGUCUCCAGCCACCGCAACCCUCGGCUGGACCUGGCCGCCUAUGACCAGGAGGGCCGCAGAUUCGACAACUUUAGCUCUCUGAGCGUCCAGUGGGAAUCCACCCGGCCGUUGCUGGCCAGCAUCACGCUUGACCUGCCCAUGCAGCUGGUGUCCCAGGAUGACGGGAGUGGCCAGAAGAAGCUACACGGUUUGCAGGCCAUUUCGGUUCAUGAGGCAUCGGGAGCCGCGGCUGUCUCUGCCACGGCGACUGGCUACCAGCAGUCCCACCUCAGCGCUGCCAGAGUGAAGCAGCCGCACGACCCUCUCAUGCCUGUGUCGGCCUCCAUAGAGCUCAUCCUGGUGCAGGACGUGCGGGUGAGUCCGGAAGAGGUGACCAUCUACAACCACCCUGCUGUGCAGGUGGAGCUGCACAUCAGAGAAGGCUCCGGCUACUUCUUCCUCAACACCAGCACUGCAGACAUCGUCCAGGUGGCCUACCAGGAGGCCAGGAGCAUCGCCACGGUGCACCCUCUGCGCCCGGGCACGUCGACCAUCAUGAUCCAUGACCUGUGCCUAGCCUUCCCGGCCCCGGCCAAGGCUGCCGUUCACGUCUCAGACAUUCGGGAGCUGUAUGUCCGCGUAGUGGACAAGGUGGAGAUUGGGAAGACGGUCAAGGCAUACGUCCGCGUGCUGGACUUUCACAAGAAGCCUUUCCUGGCCAAAUACUUUGCCUUCAUGGACCUGAAGCUCCGAGCAGCCUCCCAGAUCGUCACGUUGGUGGCCCUUGACGAGGCCCUCGACCACUACACUGCCACGUUCCGCGUCCAUGGCGUGGCCAUUGGCCAGACCAGUCUCACUGCAACCGUGACUGAUAAAGCCGGACAGAGAAUCAGCGCGGCCCCACAACAGAUCGAGGUCUUUCCCCCGUUUAGGUUGAUGCCCAGGAAGGUGACGCUGAUCACUGGGGCCAUGAUGCAGAUCACCUCCGAGGGCGGCCCUCAGCCUCAGUCCAACAUCCUCUUCUCCAUCAGCAAUGAGAGCGUUGCGGUGGUGAACGGCGCCGGGCUGGUGCGGGGGCUUGCCAUCGGCAACGGCACCGUGUCAGGGGUCGUGCAGGCCGUGGACGCUGAGACCGGCAAGCUCGUCACCGUGUCUCAGGAUCUCGUGGAGGUGGAGGUGCUGCUUCUCCAGGCGGUGAGGAUCCGCGCCCCCAUCACUCGGAUGAGGACGGGGACCCAGAUGCCGGUUUACAUCACCGGGAUCACCAACGACCAGAACCCUUUCUCCUUCGGCGAUGCCAUGCCAGGCCUGACCUUCCACUGGUCGGCCACCAAGCGGGACAUCGUGGACAUCCGGGGGCGGCACCACGAGGUAACCACCCACCCCGAGCACCACCCUCCAUCCCAGGCCAGUGUCUCUGCACACGAGGCAUCGCUCCGGCUCCCGUCACAGUACAACUUUGCCAUGAACGUGCACAGCCGGGUGAAAGGCCGGACCGGGCUGAGAGUGGUGGUCAAGGCCCUGGACCCCACAGCUGGGCAGCUGCAUGGCCUCGCCAGAGAACUCUCUGAUGAGAUCCAAAUCCAGGUGUAUGAAGAGCUGCUGCUGCUGAACCCUGAAGUAGAAGCAGAGCAAAUCCUGAUGUCGCCCAACUCCUGUAUAAAGCUUCAGACAAACAGGGACGGCGCAGCAUCUCUGAGCUACCGUGUCCUGGAUGGGCCCGAGAAGGUUCCCCUGGUGCACAUUGACGAGAAAGGCUUCCUUGCGUCGGGGUCUGCGAUCGGGAGGUCCACAAUCGAAGUGACCGCCCAAGAGCCUUUCGGGGCCAACCAAACCAUCACCAUUGCUGUAAAGGUGUCUCCCGUCUCUUACCUGAGGAUCUCCAUGAGCCCCACCCUGCACACCCAGAACAAGGAGGCGCUGGCAGCGCUGCCUCUGGGAAUGACCGUGACCUUCACUGUCCACUUCCACGACAACUCUGGCGACAUCUUCCACGCUCACAAUUCAGUCCUCAACUUUGCAACCAACAGAGAUGAGUUUGUGCAAAUCGGGAAGGGCGCCGCCAACAACACCUGCGUCGUCCGCACCGUCAGCGUGGGCCUGACGCUGCUCAGCGUGUGGGACACGGAGCACGUGGGCCUCUCCGACUUCGUCCCGUUGCCCGUCCUGCAGGCCCUCUCCCCGGAGCUGUCCGGAGCGGUGGUGGUGGGAGACGUCCUCUGUCUGGCCACUGUCCUGGUCAGCCUGGAAGGCCUCCCCGGAACCUGGAGCUCCUCAGCCAACAGCAUCCUCCACGUCGACCCCAAGACGGGCGUGGCCGUGGCCCGGGAUGCAGGAUCCGUGACGGUUUACUACGAGGUCGCUGGGCACCUGAGGACCUACAAGGAGCCGAGAGUGAAUCAAUGAGCAGAGUCUGGCUGCGUCGCAGAUGCGUCUCAUUCUUAGAGCCAGCAUGUGCUCUGUCGAAUCCAGCAGUUGAACCUAAGUGCUCGCGUGGUUAGUGCUGAGACGGCGGUCUGGGUGAGCCGGCUGCAGGUAGAGGCACCUUGUGCUAACAAGCUGUGCUUUCCCGGAAAUAGCUGCCGAGAGUGGCCGGGGCAGGCCUGGGGGUGGGGCGCCGGCAGAGGAGAGCAGGGCAUGGGCCAAGGUGUCUAUGGUUCAGGAGCCGAGCCCUGGGGGCUGGAACGUAGGGUGUGGGGGCAGCAGAGGCAGGCUUUAUGAUCAGAUAGGAAACACUUGGAUUCCAGGUAGCUUCAUGGAGUGGUUAAGCAUGUGGGCUCUGGGUUCAAAUCCCAGCUUGGUUGCUGAGAGGCUGUGUGACCUUGGGUAAGUUAUAAGUUAUUUAGCCUCUCUGUGCCUCAAUUUUCUUGUCUGUAAGAUGGGGAUAAUAUUGUUUUGAGGAUGAGUCAACAUGUGCGAGGCAUUCAGAGUGGUACCCAGCACGUAGCCAGAGUUCAGGAGGUAUUAGCUGCUCCUGUGAGUCUGCCAGGGCGGAGGGGCUGAAGCUGGUGCGAGAUGUGGUAGGGAUUCAUCAGGGACUUUUUUUAGGCCAAGAGUGAUGUAGAUCAGAGAUGUGUUUUGGAAAGAUCGUCCGGGGCCUGGUGGAGUCUAAGAGCCCGAGAGAGGGGAGUAGCUGCAGGGAGACCAGCCAGGGGGCCAAGGAUGGGCCCUCAGCUGGCACUGCUGGGUGGGCAGAAACUGAGGGUGGGUUUGCGAGAUUCCAGAGGAAGGGUCAUCAGAGUCUGGUGCCCAUUUAGAAGUGGGGCUGAGGGAGGAGGCCUUGGGAUGACACCUGGGGUCUGGCUUGGGUGACAAUAUAGAUGUUGGUCCUUUGCUCUGAGAGGGGAGCACAGAAGGAGGGGGCCGGUGCGGGGGGAGAUGCUGAGUGAGUUUGAGGUGCUUGUAGCUCCUCCAGGAGAGGCUGGCGGUGACACAGCUGGGCAGGUGUGUCUGGUGGUCCAGGGCAGAGAGCUGGGUUGGAGGAGGGGGUGUACAGCACAGGGGUGGUUCUUGAAGACCUGGGAGUGGGCGGGAACAUGCAGGGCAUACCAGAGCAAGAGGGGCGUGGGGUCAAGGGCCGGGUCCUCUCUCCAGGGUGUGGAGGAGGAGGAGCAGGGAGCAGGAGAAGACUGCAGAGCGGCAGUCAGGAGCAGAAGGGAGCACGGGGGACGGAGGGCAGUACUAGUGCAGGCGUGCAGUACGCAGCCUCGGUCAGCCUUCGAGGACAGCAAGUGACCGCUGGGAGGAGGUGGCGCCUGGGCAGCAGGAGCCCACAGGUCAGUCUGGAGGUCGAUGGGCCCAGCCUCCAGGCCUGCCUGUGACUCCCCGUCAGGCCCUGGGAGCUGCAGGGGCUUCGGGGCCAGAGGAGACCUCGUCCCUGCUCUCUAGGAGAUGACGUUCUGGAAACAGAUAGAAAUGUAGAGAUAGAAUAGAUGGGAGUCCUGGGGGA